AUGUCAGUAGACAUGGCUGCCAGAUGGGCAGGCCUGCCACCUGAGCUCGUCGAACAUAUUAUCGAAUUCGCCAUCCGAGACGACAUCAAGACAUGUGCCGCUUUCUGCCUUACCGAUAGGGUCGGUCGGAGCUUCGCAACUCCAUACCUCUACCGCUGCGUUGGAAUUCCCACAGAGAUGAAAGGUCAUCAAGACCGCUCUUACCGAUUGCAGCGGCUUUGCCUGACUUUGCUUGCGCGCCCUGAAUUCACCCGGUAUGUCGAGGAAGUGCAUCAGUAUCUCAGCAAGGACAUGGCUUUUCCACAAACGAGUUCGAUUCCGGCGGCGGAUUGGACUUAUUGGUCCACGGUCGCACUCUGCGGUCCCUUGCACUCCCUUCGAGCCGAUGGUGGCCAUUUCUUGAGGGAGUUUCGAGACACUUGCAGCAGAGGCGUAUUCAGUAACCACCAUUGCUUCCUUCUGCUGCUCGCCAUGUGUAACAGGCUCAAGACUCUGACACUUACGGGCGAUGUGUGUCUCAUCUCAAGACUGGAACGCUUGUCGACGCGCUCGUCAGAAACGGGCCCUCGAGCUCAAACUGACCAGCAGACAAGGAGUGUCCCUGUGACGCCUACAUUCGGGCCGGGCUCGGUUUUUUCGAUAGCACCAUCCGUUCCAAUCAUCAGGCCGGGCUCGGCUCGUUMUACAGCGCCACGCUCUCAAGCCCAGCCUAACCACGGAUCUGGAUCAUCGCCUUCAUUCAAGCCGGGCUCGGCUCCUUCUACACCCGCUCCAGCCCCGCCAACCCUUCGACCUGGGCUACCUGCUCCGCUGUCUAGACUCCGCGACAUUGUACUCUAUCCGACGGAGUCGCCAACGUCAACAUUGCUAGUCGACCUUCAAUCCUACCUGGAGCUAUCAACCCCAAUAACACUCCGUGUUGAUUCUCUCAUGCCACCGCUGUGGACUCAGAUGUGA